CCUGCUUUGGCGCGUCUACCUCGAUCGUGGUCCUUGUUGUACAGUCUAGACCAGCACGGCAUCUCAUUGAACACCCUCUACGCCCGCUGCCAGAGUCAUACGCGCGGCACGUUGGUCAUUAUGCGCGAUUCUGGCGACGCGGUCUUCGGUGCAUGGAUGGGCGAGGGGAUCCACCAGUCAAAGGGAUCAUACUAUGGAAGCGGGGAGUCGUUCUUGUGGCGGCUGACAUCCGAGAAGCGCCUGCAUAUAUACAAAUGGACAGGCAAGAACGACUACGUAGCGCUGUGCGAAACAGAGUAUUUGUCCUUUGGCGGAGGAGAAGGUCGUUACGGCCUAUACCUCGACGAUACCCUCAUCGACGGCUCCUCUGCAUGGUGCCCCACGUUUGGUAAUGAGCCGCUAUGCUCGACCGGUCCACGCCAAGGCGAAAACGUUCGCUUCGAGUGCGUCGGCCUCGAAGUGUGGGGCGUUGGCUGA